CAUUUGACAGUUUGAUUCUGAUGACGGAUAGAAAAAGGUUAUAAACAGAAAAAGAGGAAAUAAUAGGCUGAUUUAGAUAAAUUAACAAAUUUAGAGAUUCUAUUAAUAACGUAUAAGAUAAUUACUUUAGCCACUAUAGUAAAUAUAAACAAAUUUAUUAACGUAAGCACCCGGACACCUGAGAAACCGCAACGUGUACUAGGUUAGGCCGUUAGCGAAACAUGUUAGUACAAUAUUUAAAAUAACAUGACUGACAGAAAAAUGUGCAAAUUUUACAAUUUGAAUGUACCGGAGCGACGAUCUGGCGAAGGCGGGGCGCAGAACCACAAUGAGGAGGACGAGCGAGCGUUGGAGGAGGCGAUCCCGCCAGUGGUACCCCCCAAUGAGCACAAACUUGAAUACAACUACUGGAUGUGGUUCUCGCGACGAGGUGCCGCCGCGCGCUCCGGCUACAGCCAGGCGCUCCGUCUGGUGGGUCGCGUGGGCAGCGUGGAGCAGUGGUGGGGCCUCUACGCGCACCUCGCGCGGCCCGCCGACCUGCCCCCGCUGUCCGACCUGCACCUCUUCAAACUGGGCAUCAAGCCUAUGUGGGAGGAUCCGGCUAAUGUCAACGGUGGCAAAUGGACGGUUCGGCUUCGCAAGACGCAGACGGGGCGCGCCUGGGAGGACCUCUGUAUGGCGAUGCUCGGCGAGCAGUUCAUGGUUGGCCGAGAAAUCUGUGGCGUCGUGCUGUCCGUGCGCUUCCAGGAGGACCACCUAGCAGUGUGGCACCGGACGGCCUCGGACCGCGAGGCGGCGACGCGCGUGCACGACACGCUGCGGCGCGUGCUGCAGCUGCCCCCCUCCGUGCCCCUCCAGUACAAGGAGCACCCCGCCCCCCGCCCCGACGACGAGCGCUCGUAGCCCGCGCCCGCCCCGUGUGCCGUGCGCGUCCUGCAGUAUCCUCCUACAGCGCGGCACGGCACCCCAGGCCCGACACGACACGUCGAGGUAAACCGACGCAUUUACCUGCCUUAUAUCUCAGCAGAAAUCGGUGGCGCCCAGAUAUUUCAUUAGAAACCUAUGACUGGAUCGCUAUUUGCCUUGAGGGUUCUGCGAAAUACGAAGUUUUUUAUCUCUCUUUAUCCUAAGCUUUUAGAAAAGGAGGGAGGUAUAGACUUCAUGUUUCGUAGGAUUUUGCAGUUCUGUUUGUAAUAGUAUGGGUGCAGAGAUAUGAAUUCAAUGAA